UUUCCAGUGUAAUACGUCAAAUAACGUAUUUAUGACACAUAUAUUUUUGUUUUUGGAAAGCUUUAAAAACGGUCAAUUAUACAAUUGAAUGGUCAACUAUACAAUUUAUAGCUAAAUCAUGUCAACAUGUACUACGGAAGUAACACGUGUUUUCUCCUUAUGCGAACUGUAACGUCUUUGGUAAUACAUCCAAUUCAGUAUUGAUUCGAACGUUUUGUUUUAUUUACAAUGCAAAUGACGUCGGGAUGCUACAAUCAAAAGUAAUAUUGUCGUUAAAAUGCAGACUAAAAGCAGCAUCAAAGCGUGUUAUACAUGUAUGUAAUGUAUGUGAUUAUACACUCGUGUUGUCAAGACGUGACGCCAACGACCAAACAACGGCAACGCAUCACGAAGAUGAAAGCCUGAACGCAUCACACAACUAAAACACACCUGAACAAGACAGGCAUGCUUGUGUUUGAAUGUACACCAUACUUACACCUCACAAUGUCUUUCAGAGAUUUGCAAAAUUUCACGGAGAUGAUGAGAGCUUUGGGAUUUCCUCGCUUGAUAUCGGUGGAAAACUUCAGAACGCCAAACUUUACACUGGUGGCAGAGAUCCUGAUAUGGCUAACUCAAUGCUACGAUCCUCAGAUGGAAAUUCCAACCGACAUGAACACGGAGUCGGAUAGAAUAUUCCUCAUCAAGACCGUAGCCCAGUUCAUGGCGACGAAAGCUCACAUCAGGAUGAACACCAAGCGUCUUUACCAGGCCGAUGGCUAUGCCGUCAAAGAGAUGCUAAAGAUUACGUCGGUGCUCUACAACGCCAUGAAGACCAAGCAGAUGGCGCUGGGGGACAGAGUGGACGAGGAUAACAACACGUUCAAGUUUGACCUGGGCUCUCGAAUUUCCGACCUGAAAGCAGCACGGCAGCUGGCAUCAGAGGCCACUUCCAAGGGAGCGUCGCUGUAUGAUUUACUAGGAAAGGAAGUGGACCUGAGGAAAUUAAGAACUGCCGCCAUUGCAAGACCUCUUGAGAUCACCGAGACUGAAAAGGCCCUCAGACAUGCCAUCAAGGAAGUUUUGGAAAGCGUGGAGAAGACCAAAGCCAUGCUGAGGAAUGUUGUCUCGGAUGUUAGCAGCCUGGAUGCCAAGAAAGAAAAGAAGAACUGGCAGUUAGAGAUGAAUCAGAGGAGACUCCAGACACUGCAAAGUGUGAGGCCGUUGUUCAUGGACGAAUAUGAGAAGAUCGAGGAGCAGCUGGAGGAGCAAUAUAAGGUCCAGGUGGAGAACUUUGCCAAUUAUUAUUUCCUCGAGUCUCAGCGGGAAAAACAUCUCAAGCAAGAAAAAAUGUUUGAGGAGGAAAACGCUCGAAAAAGGAUGAUGCAGCAACUGAAGAAGGACGGUGAUUGCAUGAGUCCAUUUAACGAGGACGACAAUGGCGAGGACGAAAGCCAAGAUGGAAAGAUGGAAGGGUGUAAAACGGCUGAUCAGCUGAUGAAUCUCCCUCUUAAUGAGAUGAUCGGAGGAACAGCAAUCGGGACCAUGCUGGCCGGCGACUCUGAUGAGUCAGAAGACAGCGAUAGAGACGACGACGAAGAUGAAGAAGAUGACAACACGGAAAUGGAGGGCUUUUUAAAGGGCGCGGAAGCCAGGAUGCCACGCGCUUCCAGGGGAGGCAUCAAACACCCUCUACUGGAAAAAAGUGACGAUGACUUUUGAAUUUGAAGAGCCGUAUGAUUGCUUAGUGGUUAGCAUGUCGGUAACGGCAUUUAAUAACAUUGUUACUUUUUUAAGUAAAGGGUAAUCUAAUUAAUUUUACUGUCAGCAUAAUGCCGUGACCAUUUUCGACACCCCGUUAGUGCACGUUGUUGAAGUCGCCUAAAAAUAUAUCACCGACUUCAUAACCUUGGCAAUGGGGAUUGGCUAUUGGGUUUAGUAAAAUUGCGUCUUCAGCCAAUCACAGAACUUAAGUGGGCGGGUGUUUAGAGCACAUAAGCAAUGAGGAUUGGCUAAGGUUUAGUAAACUUGCGUUUUCAGCCAAUCAGAAAAGCUAAGUGGGCGGGUGUUUAGAGCACAUUACGAAUGAGGAUUGGCUCAGGUUUAAAGUAAGAUUGCGUUUUAAGCCAAUCAGAGAAUUGAAAUGGGCGGGUGUUAGGCGCACAUAAGCAAUGAGGAUUGGCUAAAGUUUAGUAAGAUUGCGUCUAAAGCCAAUCAGAGGACUUAAAUGGGCGGGUGUUAGGCGCACAUACGCAAUGAGGAUUGGCUAAGGUUUAGUAAGAUUGCGUUUUCAGCCAAUCAGAGAACUUAAAUGGGCGGGUGUUCAGGGCAAUUCCAAACAGCGUUUGCCAUAUGGAAGUGCAGACACUACUUUAACCUCGUUGAUGUCGAUAGUAAAAUGUACAUUAUGUCCCCGAAAAAAAAACUUUGUCCACGUCUUGUGUGAACAACUCAAACCCACAGAAACGUCCAACAGCAGUAAUAGUUUAUUUUGAGAUAGUUACAACAAGCAAAUGGCACCGAUUCAGUGGUAUGGUUCUUCCAUGAAGAACAUACAUUCAAAGUCCUCACCGAAAACUAACCCCGACCGAGGAAACACCCUCUGGAAAGGACACAAUGGCUGUGUUCGAAACCACAUACUUACCUACUACUCAUACUAACUCUUUGAGUAUGCAGUGUGCCUACACUGGCAGUAUGCAAGAAGUUCCUGAAUGCAUGUAUCAUUACGGCGUCAGUUGUGCUGUCAUUUCUGGGUACAUGAUACCAUACGGCAUCCAUAUCAAACUCGCGUGGGACGCAUUGACAUAAAAAUAAAAAAAAAUCAAGGCGGGGGCCUCAAACUAGCAUCCUGUGGGCUGCAUUUUGCUCGCGGGCCGCAAGUUUGAGACCCACGGUUUAGAGCUAAAGUGAAAUCAGCUCCAGCCUGUCGAUUUCGGCUCGGGUAGGAGCGCGAUGCAUUGUGGGUUAUCAUGUAGUACGCUGUAGUGCAGGGGUCUCAAACACGCGGCCCGCGGGCCAAAUGUGGCCCGCAGGGCACUAGUUUGAGGCUAGUUUGAUACGGAUGCUGUAUGGUAUCAUGUACCCAGAAAAAAAUUUUACGUUUGAUUAAUGUUCAUGUUAAAGGUUAAAUAACUUAAUAGUUAUCCUCCCUAUCCGUGUGGAAGUGGUAAGUUUUUGGCUAUUUAAGUUGAAAGGAAAUAACUU